AUGUACUUUGCCUUCAACUCCCUGACAGGAAGUAUUCCAUCAUCGCUGUAUUCCCUUACAAACUCAUUGAAAGUCAUCCUUUUACCAGAAAAUCAGCUGACAGGACCAGUACCAACAGAACUGGGAUUGCUAACUAAUUUGCUGGGUCUAUCACUGGACACCAACCUUUUCACUGGGACAAUUCCCACAGAACUUGGACAAAUAAGUGGGUUAAAGGCUCUGUCCCUGUAUGACCUGAAUCUGAGUGGCUCUGGUCUUACGGGGACAAUCCCUACUAGAUGGCUUGGCAACAUGACAUCCAUGGAGUCAUUGACACUGCCGGGGAACUUCUUUACUGGGACUAUCCCAACAGAACUUGGCCUUCUAACAACGUUGUUUGCCUUGUGGCUUGAUUCUAACGCUUUGUCGGGCACAAUCCCAAGUGAAUUUGGAUUGUGCGAGCAAGUGCGUGUCUUGACCUUGCGUCGCAAUAACCUGGCAGGGACCAUUCCCACAGAGGUCGGACAGCUUACCCACGGUUUGUUUCAGUUAUGGCUACAUGACAAUGAUUUGACCGGAACAGUGCCAUUGGAGCUUGGCAAUGUCCCUUUCCCUGCACCUUUUGGUGAAGUCUGGUUGCAUAGAAAUGAUCUUUCUGGCAUUAUCCCUGAGAGCUUGUGCUCUGCCAACAACCUUUAUUUUGACUGCAGCAGCCAGCUCUGUGGAUGUGACUUGUGUAACUGUUGUUCUGACAAUAAUAGAACAUCACCGAUACUACUGGAGGGAGAAAACAUUGUUGUCUAUGGAGAUGGUGAUCUGCUGCUGCUGCUGCUGAGUGAUGGUCAGCUGCUGCUGCUGAGUGAUGCAAACCAAACUGAGGGGAACCAAACUGGACCCUGA